UGUCAAAACGUAAAUAACAACAAAAUUUUGUGCCAAAAGUUUAAAUCUACAAAAUGUUGUCGAUUCACUGCACAUUGCUCAUAAGCUGCCUUGGCUUACUGGCAGCCUAUCCAAUAGAAACUCCUGAUAAAUUGAAAGCCAAGCGUGCAGCUGAGCCAGUUAACUAUCCUGAUCUGACGAAUGGCCUAAGCGAUGCUGAGGUGGAGUCUACGCUUAAUGGGCUUUCGCUUGAAGAUCUCAAUGCGCUGAACAAGCUGCUCGAUGAUGCCAACAAUGGACCCAUGGAGGCCAUUGCCAGCUUCAGCGGACGCCAUAGGCAAGGCAAGCAGCAGCACCAUCAAGCCAAGCUGGAUAUGGUGGCUAUAGAGGAAAAGUCGCCAUACGAUGAUGGCUGCCAUGAUGAGGAUGAGCCCGAGAAGGAGCCGUGCCAGAAGAAACCAGACUGUCCAACUACCAAACGCUGCACUGGCACGACGCCUUCAACUUGCAGCACCAAGUCCUGUGGCUAUAAGAGCUAUAUGGAUAGCGAUAGCCCCAGCUAUGGCGGCAAGAGGAAGAAGCAGCGCAAGCAGCAUCCGGAAAACGAAUGCGAUGCUGAUGAUCCGCUCUGCUUGCAGCGCUAUCAGCUGAAGCAAGCGCAAAAGUUUAAUAAUCUGCAGGAUUACAACGAUCCACUAGAUGAGCAGAUCAAGCUUGAUGGUCUGGAGCAGCUGGCGGAUGAAAUCAAGCGCGCUGAGCUGCCGCCCAUGGACAAAGAGUUGGAUGCCUGGAAUGGCAAGGACGAGCCCUCAGCGCCAGAUGUUUAUCAUACAGAUGACAAGAAGCUGUCGGCUCAGCACAUGGAGGACAACAGUGCGCAGCUGAAUGAGUACAAGGAUUUCAAGGAGCUGCCCAAGCGUGAUCAUAAUCAUAAAAUGUAUGAUGAUGAUAGUCAGCUUGUCUCGCAUAGGCAGCAAGCGCAGCUGAAGCCUGCGGCACAGGAGCGUUUGGAUGAAAGCAAUGAGCGCAGCUAUAAUGAGCGCGAACCGGAGCUUGUGCGUCAAAAGAAAGAGGAGCACAAACUGUCCAGGCAGCUGGAGGAGCUAGAGGAGACGCUGCCACUAAAUGCAGCAGCAACAGCGGCGCCGCUGCAAGGCGCUGCCAACGAUGAGCGCGAGUCGGAGCCACAGCCCUUGGCAUACAACAACAACAAUGAAGGCGACAGUUUCAUAGCAAGCAAUGUGCGCGAUCCGCCGCGUUAUUUUAUACAAACGCCCGAGGGCAGCAUAAGCAGCAUUAACCAACAGGGAUUGUCCAGAUUGCGCUUGGAUAAAGCACAAAGUGAGCUGUUGAAUCAGCUAAGCAGCGAGGAGCAGCAGCAGCAGCUGCAACGCUACAAGCGCGGCAGCCACAAAACCGACGAUGCGCCAGCAAACACAGAUGAAAGCUAUAUGAAGAAACUAAUGGACUCAUUUCCACGCGAUCAGGGCAGUCAAAGUGAGAUGAACAUUGCUUUACGCUUAGCGGAUUCGACGCACUUGCGCUUUAAACGUUGUUAAAUAAUUAUUUACUAAAUGACUGUAUAUAUUUUUUAAAUGCAGCAAUUUGUCAUUAAACUUGCAUUAAAAUGUAGUUGCUGCCAA